UCUACAUGUUAAUAGUUAUCUCCAUAAUAGAAGAGUGUAAUUAAAUAAAUUGUUGAACCCUACACUGAUAAUUAUGCUAAUUGAUCAUCAUGUCAUUCUGUUCUGCCAAUCCAUUGAUAAUGUUGCACUCCUGCACAUGAUGGUAGAAGAGCAUUGCUUAAGGUCAUACAAAUCAAAGUGAGCUAUUGAUUUCUUCAUGUCUAUUUUUGUUACCUUCUAGCAGUCCAAUACUACUGCUCUUCCCAGUGCUUCAAAAGUUCUUUUCAUGAUGUGUCUGUUGAUUUAUUCAUGGUGUGUCUGUUAGCUGUUGAUUUAUUCAUGGGGUGAACUUCUUAAAUUAGAAUUGAAACAUGUAUUUUUAACAUUCAUAAAUAUAUAUCUAUAAAAAGUUCAUUUAGUAUUCUUUUGUAUAUUAAUAUAUUGAAUAUUGAGUGCUUAUUAAAAUUAAGCUGAGAAUCCCUGAUCUAGAUUAUUAAAAUAAACAUUGUCUUCGUGCUGCUAGCUAUUAAUAGACUAUGGGCAUGUAAAGAAUAGGUAAUAAUAUUCAUUCUAGUGAUGAAUAAGCGAAUCACAUCAUGUACUACAUACAAAGUACAAUCUUGUCAUAAGUUGAGGGGAUAUUUUGAGCAGUGCUUACUUUUCUGUGAUAGUUAUUGAUAGACCCAUGUGUGUGAUGGAAACAUUGAUUCUAUUGAUUACACUUUUGCAAGAUGUCAACUCUUUUUGUCAACAGUUGACCUAGCCUGUGAAAAUUGUGCAUACUUUUUUUUUUACUGACAUGUUCCUUUGUUAACACUUUAAAAAGUACAAGUACAUAUGGAUCUUCCAUUUGAUGUCUGCUUAAAAUUGAAAUAUUUACUGAUGGAGAAACUUGUCCAGGAAAUGCAGCUGUCCAAAUCAGGUGUCCCAGUCCGCAGCCAGAAAACAUUCCCCUUUCUUACUUUUAUCCCAUCUGUAUUCACUGGGAGUGAUUUGAUACAGUGGCUGGCCACACGCUUGAAAAUCACAGAAGAAGAACACAUGGAGGCUGUUAAGUUAGCCAUAUUGCUUUGUCACUAUGGCUACAUUUUCCCAGUCACUGAUUUAAAAAAUCUGACAGUCAAAGAAGAUGCCUCCCUGUACAGGUUUCAGAAACCCUAUUACUGGCCAUCAAAAAAUGCAGACCCUGACAAUGUCUCUUAUGCAAUUCAUUUGGUGAAACGAUCUAUGAGGAAUAAACAAAAACAUGGUUUAGAGGAUUAUGAACAGGCAAGUUUAACAAAACUUCAGACUAUGUUAUGUGAUAAAUGGGAUUUCAUUGUUGCCCAGGCUCAGGAUCAAGUCAAAAUUGCAAAAGAAAAAAAAAGGACAGACAAAGCCAUUAUGGACAGCCAAGAACGUGCAUUUUGGAGAAUACAUCGACCACCUCCUGGAUGCAUUAAAACAUUAGAUGAGGGACCAAAAAGAAAUUUUCAACCCAGUCAAAUGGCUGCCAGGAGGAAAAAAAACAAAGAUCUUCUUCAAAAAGAAAUUAAAUAUUUGCAUCGAUCGAUCAAUAUAUGUCGUGUGAAAACUUCUAAAGCUGUUGAAAAUUUAGAACAUUUUACUGAACAAUAUUUUGAUCUGGAUCCUCUACUGACACCACCUAUGCCAUCCAAUCCAUGGAUAUCAGAUGAUACCACAUAUUUUGAAAUCAGCGAAAACAAUACAGAGAUUCCUACAGAGCAAAGAAUUAGGAAAUGGUCUUAUAGCUUGCAGGCAUUAAUAUCAGAUCCACGAGGCAGAUAUGAAUUUGAAAAUUUUCUUCUUAAGGAAUAUAGCCAUGAAAAUUUCAGCUUUUGGUGUGCUUGUGAAGCCUUAAAGUUUUGUCGUCAGUCAGAAGUGGAAAACCGUAUUCUGAAGAUUGCUGAGGAGUUUUUGACGGAUGGAGCACCUCAUCAAAUCAAUAUCGACAGUCGAUGUAGUGAAGAAGUACAGAAAAAUAUGAAGCUCCCAAAGCCAAACAGGUUUACAUUUGAUAGUGCGCAAGAACAGAUAUUUUCUUUGAUGAAGAAAGACACAUAUCAGCGUUUUUUGCGCUCUGAUCAAUACAAAGCUCUUUUGACCAAUGCUGGACAACCUGGAGGAAAGAAAAAGUUCUUUAGUUUUGGGUCACGUAAGAAAAACACACUAACUCCAAGUCCCAAACCUAAGCGCAGAGGAAGUGCUGGGAAUGAUGCUGACAUAGACAAUGCUGCUGUAGCUCACCAUUCUUACAGUACUGGCAAUCUAAGAGAGCUGGAAGAUAAAUCUGCUGUAAUGCUCAGGAGAGAUGCCAACUCAUCAGACAGCAGUAUUGCAAGCGACACAUCACCCAAUCUGGUAGCUCGCCAUAGUCUAAGGUCACCUCAAGGCAGUCCAAGGAAAAGUAAGCAGCUGGAAGUGCCAAAAAUAUCUUCUGUCCAUGUUGCAGACUCCAGUCAAAACGAAGGACCAUCAUGUCUAGCUAUAGCUGUGCCAAGCAAGACUAAUGUUGUGGCUCCAUGGGAAGGUGUGGAUUAACUAGAAAUUUUAAGUUGAACUCAAAUAGCUUUUACUCUCUUAUUUUCAGGGUUGCAGGCUUGUACAUUCUAGUGAAAACAAAUACACAUUUUAAAUGCAAAUUUUGUUGUCAUCCGUGCUUAUACUAUGUUCUGGUUGAAAGAGUGUGUAGGCUUUUUGCCUAAUGAAUUACAUUGAAAACAGUCUAUUUCUGUAUGCAUUAGUAAAGCUACUACUUUAUGAUGUCACCAUUUACAUUUUAGUUUAAAUUUUAUCUGAAUGUUAAUGGAGAAAUCAUGUGUACAAUAUUGUUUGUUCAAAGACAUUUGGCAACCUUUUUCAUUGUUUCUAUAAAGAUAUAUAUUUCUUACUAGGGGACUCAAGAUUAGUUGAAAUGCAGGAUCUUGAAGUGAAGAAAUUUUCUAAAUUUCUAAAGUUUAUUUAAAAUACAAAAAGGAAAAAAAAACAAUGAUGAGAUUGCUGACGUGAUUGAUCUACAGACACCAAAUCAUUACGGGUACAAUGUGAACACUUCAUGGAGCAAAAUUUGUUGACCACAUUUCUAUUCAUCUUUGAGUUAUUCCCUCCUCUACCAUCAUGUCUCAUUCAGCUAUGCAUUCGAUGAACAACAAACAUUUACAAACAACACCAUUUAGAAGAAUUUUACUUUUUCUGUAUAGGGAAUGUUACAAUAAAAACAUUUCUGUUUUCAAUGUCAGCUAAUAGAAUGGAAUUUUUUACAACCAAAGAAUGUUAAAGCUAAAAUGUUCACUUUUUUUGUAUAAUAACUUUAUAAAGUUGGCACCAUUCAGGAUUCUAUUCUGUAGGUUAUCCCUUUUUGAGUGGCUUAGGUGGUUUUGUUCAGAGUUUCCGAAAGACUGUAUUGGAACCUCACAUUGGUUUGCAUAUUAUGUGAACCCUAGUUUCAACAAGGAAAGCCACUGUUGACAUGUUUGGCCAUGCAAAAUAUCAGUAGUAGCUGAAGUAAAUUCAAAAUUUAGAAGAAAGUCUUGACUGGCCACUUGUUGGUACUAAAUGACACAUAGUGCACAGAGUUCCUUGACUGCUGUGUGGCAACAUUUGCAGUGGUUGCUUCCUGUGAUUAGAUCACAAUGUUUUUAUGUCUCUUGCACCAAUUUUGUUCUAAUCCACAAACAGCUCAUUUUUUCAUGUGAUUUAGCAAGACUCAUUAAAUGCUUUUUUCCCCCUAAAUAUGACAUUUCUGUCUAGAAAAGAAGGUGACAGAAAAUCUUUCCAUUGAGUUGUACAGAGCUCUACAGCUUCAACCCUUUUUUUAUCUUUUGUAUAUUGCAUGUUAUUGUUACUUUUAAUAUCUAGUCCAUUGGUGGAUUUAUUUUUUUUUUAUUGCUAUGUUGACAAUUUUUUGAAGUCUGUACAGUAAUUUGUAUGUAGAUUUGUUAUUGCUAUAAAUAAUGAAGUAUUGAAGGUGUUACAAACUCUUUCUAAAGUGAUGAAGUAGAUAUGCUACUUGUAAUAUUACAGCAUAUCUAUCAAUUGAUUAGUAGAGAAAGAAAGGAAUUUCUAACAUUUUUCAUAUUGUACACCAUAUAGGAUCAAAUCAAACAGUCUAUUUAUUUGUUUCUCUAGUCAGACUUGUGAUAUGGUAUUACCAUUGUAGCUAAGUUGUUGCAUUUCCAUAGGAAUUGUACAUUACCUUGUCACUUUAGUGAUCAGUUAUUAGUGACAGCUUGGCUAAUUUUUUUUUUUUAUGAUAUUGUUAGUCUUUUGCUAUUUGAAUGUCCUCCAGUAUUUUUUUUAGGGCCUUUCUGAAUUGUGAUUUUUUUUUAAAAUAUGUUUUUAAAACUGACCACUGUUGAACAAAGUGUGCACAUCCCAACAGUAACUAUAGAGCUUACAUACCAGUGAUUAGAAGGCCAUCAAACUGACCUGUCAUUGUAUGCCAGUGAUUUCCUUAUGAAAGUAGUUGACAUGAAACUGCUUAUCAGUGAGGACCAGAGGUAACUAGCUGAAUUAAAACAUACUAGUAUUUACAUCUAGAACUACAGUAAACACAAGAAAUCAUGCUAGUCUUUUUUUUUUUCCAAAUACAUGGUAUGUGGAUUUUGUUUUACUCUUUUGAAAGAAAAUGUUUUUGUUUUUUUGUAAACUAUUUCAUAAUAGUCUUUAAUCAUGUAUUUUCUGCUACACAUAGUAUUAACCACGUCUAAAAGUAAGGCAUGAUUAUAUUGUUUACCAUUGGUGCUACCGUAGGUCUGGAUAGGAAUAUACUUUCAUUUCUGUGAUGCUUCAUUUUUUUUUUAUGGAGUCACUCUCCAACAUUCCUUUUUUCCUUAUUAAUUUAUUUUGUUACUGUGCCAUUAGUCAGACAUUAUAUUAUCCCUAGCAUAGGAUGAGGAUAUUGUUGAUAUUGUUCUUGUUAUUUUCAGACACUGUUUUGUUGAUAAAAAGUGUAUAAUUAAUAUCAUUAAUUUGUUACAGCUUAGUAUUUGUUUUAUAGCAUAAUGUAGCCAGUUUUAAUUCUAUGAUCUCACAUAGCUACUAUUAAAAGCUCAAAUUAAUCCUUUGUUUUCUAUUUUGAGUGACAGACAAUCUCCUCAUAUUUGAUGAUGUCUAAUCAUGUUCACUAAGACUGCACUACUUUUUUGGUAGUGUUUUUGUCCCAUAAUUGACCUCCCAACCCCCACCAAUCUCCCUUGUUUAAAUUUCCUACUUAAGAUCUUUUCUAUUUUAUUUUUUUUACUCUGGCAUACCUCCAUGAUCUAUUUAUUGUUAUCAUACCAGUAUGGAACAGAGCAGCUUAACAUUAGACUCUUUGCCUAGCCAUUGUAAAAUUUGAUUUUAAAAAUCAUUUUUUUAAUCAAAGUAUUCCCCUCUAAAGUGUACUCUCAACUCAAGACUUUUGUUUAGAAAAACUAUUGAAUGUAAUGAACUGCUCUUAUGCUCUGUUGACAAUGACUAACAAUGAAAUCUGUAGCUAAUGUUAAUCAAUAGUUGAACAUUUGUAUGAUCUGGAGCUACCAGUAACCAGAUCAUUUAUCACAACAAAAACUGUGGAUUUUACAAAGGAAAUUAUUUGAAUUGACAUCUGUAAAUAUAUUCAUGGGACAGGUUAGGAUUGUUAGAAUAAUCCAAUACUUUGUCUAGGCUACACAUGUAUUUGAUUAAUGUAUUAGGAUUCCCAUUGCUGAUGAUGGCCCACAUGCUAGAACUAGACAAAGCUAAUAAUAUCUAGUGUUACAUUUUUUUUGAAAAAAAAGGAGUACAUAAAGGCUUUUGAUAUAAUUUUACAGUGGCUUUGAUUGUAUCUGAGAGGUGCACAAAGAUGUGUUGAUUUGAAAUUACUUGACAAUGUUUUCAUUGCAUCUAGAUCAGGCAUGUCAAACACAGCGUUCGGGGGCCGCAUGCGGCCCGCUUGGCCACCUAAAAAAUUAUAAAUAAUGUUAAACUGGAAAAUAAAAGAAGACAAGCUACUUGAAUUGAAAAAUGGUAUUUGUUAAACUGAACAACGAAAUUGAGUCUGCAUUGAAAACCAGCUACAUUUUUCAAACUUAAUUGCAAGCCAAAGCAAAUCAUUUAGUGAAAGGAAUUUUAUGGAGUGUAUCGUUAAAGCUGCCGAAGUAAUUUGUCCAGAAAAGGUGAAAGUAUUCAUGGAAAUAGCAUUAACUAGGAACACUGUGGCAGAUAGAAUAAAUGACAUGUCAAUCAGCUCGCGUGAACAAUUAAAGAACAAAAUAGAUUUUGAAUUAUUUUCAUUGGCUCUCGAUGAGUCAACUGAUGUAACGGGUGUAGCACAGUUGGCUAUACUCAUAAGGACCUGUGACAAGAAUUUUAAGAUACAUGAGGAGCUACUUGUUCUAUACAUAACGCCACAACAAGUGAGAAUGUUUUUGAGAAAUAACAGGUGAUAUGCAGUACAAUUAACCUUUGGUAAAGCUAGCUAGUCUAACAACGGAUGGCGCACUAACCAUUAUGAAAUGGUUUUGAUGCAAAGCUACUUGCAAAAAUAAGAGAGACUAAUGCUAAUUUUAAAUUUGCUCAUUUUCAGUGCAUCAUUCACUAAGAAACAUAACGCACAAAGCAAUUACAAUUUCAACAUGUCAUAAGACUAGUUUCAGUCACUAUCAAUUUUAUUCGUGCCCGUGGCUUAAAUCAUCGCCAAUUUUCAAUGUUUCUGAAUGACAUUGGACACGAAAUUGGCUGGCUGUCCUGUCAUAAAGAAUUGAAGAGAUUUGUUGUACUGCGUGAAGAAAUUGUAUUGUUUCUGAACAUGAAAGGUGAACCUGUUGAACAUUUCCAUACUGACGAAUGCACUCAGGAUUUGGUUUUUCCAGUAUUUCACUGGUCACCUGCAAGACUUGAAUUUGAAACUUCAAAGUAAAGACUAAAUUGUCACAACUGCAUGUGAUGAUGUGAAGUGCUUUCAAGCAAAAUUACGACUGGAUAAACCAAAUAUGAAGAAAUUUUCACUUCUCAACGUGUCAGGAACUAAAAAGAUUAAAUACGGCUACAACAUUUGGUAACACCUGGAAUCGUUAGUAGAUGCUUCCACUGGCCGUUUUCAUGACUUUGUUUCAUACGAGCAAGAAUUUUCCUUGUUUUUAUCUCCAUUUUCAUUCGCUUCUGAAAAUGCUGCUGGUAAUGUGCAACUAGAGCUGAUAGAAUAGCAGUUAGAUUCUUUGUUAAAAUCGAAGUAUAUAGAAGUGGCUGAGCCAAAAUUUAGUUAUUUACUAAACGGUACGUUGAAUUGCGGAAAUUUGCAGCCAGAAUUCUAGCUAUUUUUGCAAGCACUGAUCUCUGUGAGCAGCUCUUUUCUAUAAUGAAAGCUACAAAUCACCUCACCGUUCGAGAUUAUCUGAUCAAAAUUUGUCAUCAGUGAUGAUAGUGUCAGUGGCAAACAAACUUCCACCAGAUAUUAAUAAACUUGUAUCACAGAAAAGAUGUCAAGCAUCAGGACAAAGAAAAAUAUGCGCAAUCAUAGUAAUUUUUAAUUAUGAAGUGUUAUUACAAAUUUAGCUAACUAAGGGACAGUUAUGCCAUUAAUUAUUGUAUUCUAUUGUAUUGUUUCUAAUUUACAUAAAACUAGUAAGCUGUUUUGCAACUGAUUUUUGGCUGCGGUCCCUCAGGAUAUAGUAAUUUUUUAUGCAGCCCAUACACCUUAACGAGUUUGACAUGCCUGAUCUAGAUCUAUUUACUGAGAACCAUAAAUGAGACCCAAUAUUUGUUCAUUGCUAUUGUUUUUAAUCCCAACAUACUGCCAAACCAAAUUGCUUCCUGACCUCAAUAAAAGUGUAGACUUUCUCUUCCUAAAAGGGCUUUUAUUAAUACCAGUAUAAGAUUUGUUUUCAUGAGUACUAGCGAGAAACAGCUUAGAAUGUACAAUAAUAUGAAGCUGUCCUGACUACAUUUCUAAAUAGGUCAUCAUCAUAUUUUAUUUGUACUUUAUACUAAUGUUUUGUAUAUUAUAUUUAUACAUAGAGAGACCAUCUAGGUGGAACAUUCUACAUGAUUUUAAUAUGUCCUGAGUGAUAAAAAUGUUUUAAUGUUAAGCUAGGCUGAAAUUCAUGUCACGAAUGAAAUACCAUUGCAGCAGCCUGUUUGAAAUGUUAACCAAAACACUACCACCCAAAUGUGUAGCAUUCUAAUGGUCACUAUAAAAACUCUAGAGCUAAUACAGUUUUCCCUCUCAUAAACUAUUGAGAUAAUAUAAAAGUAACUAACUUUACAAGUCAGGAAUGGCAAACAAGUACGGGGGUGUCCUUUUAGUAAGGUCAAGAGUUCAUUUGAAAAUUGCAUUAGUUAUUUUUUGUUCUUUUUAAACUUAGUGACAGAUCAAGCAGUACCAGUGUAUUGUUUUUUUUGUUGUUGUUUUUUUUGCAGUCUAGCCCCCCCCCCCCUCCCCAACCACCUGUUGUGGUCUAGAGACAACUGAAUUGUUGAGUGUGUAGUGGCUGUCAUCUCAUAUUGUUAACAUUUGCCUUAUUGUUUUAGCUAGUUCACUAGUUGAUUUACAUAUUAGUAUUCUCCAUUAGCAACACAACAUAGCUUGAGACAACACAUUCAGCAGAUGGUAUGUGUGAUGAACUCAUGUUGAUGUAUAACUAAAAUUUGUGUUGGAAAAAAAAAAUUAGAGGACUACUUUGGUGAUGCUAACUUACAUGUAGAGUGUAGUUUCUAUUUGCCUUACUGUGGACUAGUUUAUACAUGUCAAUAAACAUUGACAGUCCAGAUUUUGUUCUAUAGAAAACUUUUUGUUUUUGUCCUAUUUCCAAAUGACCACCAGUAAUUCUGUGCUUGACCAGUUGGUGUACUGCUUAGUAAAGUAGCUGUUGAUUCACAUUGAUGUAAAUAGUUUCAUCGUACACACACAUUCACUGAGAAUUUGACAAAUUAUGUAAUUGUAUGCAAAAAUGUUUUGUUCUUUUCAAAACAUCCAUUUGAAUUAUGCAGUUGUGUGUAAGCAAACAAAAAAUAUUCCUCUGAGAGACCGAACUGGCCACUCAUUUUUCCUUUUUUCUCUUAUGGAGUUCCAUGUUAAUCAUUUUGGAAAUGGUUUUCAAUUUGAUGCAUAUGAACAUUUUCUUUACUAAACUAAUAUUGUAAAUUUUUUUUUGACUAGUAAUACAAGUCAAUUAAAAACUGCUCUUGUUGAUUGGUGCAAAACGAUCUAUUGCUAAUUUUAGUAUUAUUUAUUUCUCUUUUCAAAUGUGAUUCAAUGAUAAAAAGUGAAAAAUGUUUUAAGUUGUAACGAUCAAUAUUCCUUCAUUGUUUCAGCUAAUAAUAGUUUCUAAAAGUAAUACUCAUGAAGGGUCACUGUUAGUCAACACUUGUGUAACAUGUUUAAUGUAUCACCUGUUGAUGUCUUCAUGGUUAGCAUGUGUUAACAUCAGGAAAGAACUCACAUUCAACAUGGUUUUAUCUCAUGUAUGUUGGGUCCAUAGUUUUUUCUUUUACAACAGAUUAAAAUGUCACAGAUUAAAACAGAUGUAGAGAUUAUGAA